AUGCCUGCUCGGUUCCACCCCCCCUUUGCGGCGCCAAUUGGCGUCGAAUUACGCCUCAGCUUCUUGAAACAAACCCUCCAGUCCACCGGCUUGUGGGAGACGCUCCGCAAGGCUUUCGCCCUCGAUCCCAACCGCUCCAACGGUGUUCCCCUGAACCCUUACUUCCGAAACCCGACGCCCGGAGCCCUGGACCCCCUCAGCUUCGACGACCCCGUCACUCUUCCCGCUGGCGAUAUUGCCGACAACGCCUACUGGAAGCGUGAUGUCCGUCGCGCGUACCCGCAGCUUAGCGUGGUGACUCAGGGCGAUGCAGUGUCGUUGUUGACGGUUGGAAGCGCCGCGCAGCCCAAGGUCGAGCUGAUUGGCGAGGCCGGCGAGAAGGCUCUCGUUGCGGCGCAGAAGGAGGGCGAGACGGGCCUGGCCAAGUUCCUGGAGAAGGCGCCCAAGGAUGUGGCAAAGGACGUGUUCGUCAAUGGCCUGCCACCGCUGCCGAGCGGACAAGCGCUGGCGGCUGGAGGAUGGGAUGUGCACAAGUACGAGCUCAACGAGGAUCAGACAUAUGGCGAAGGAUAUCCUACCAGGACGUUCAAAUGA